AAAAAUGAAAAUCCAAAGGCAGCUUUUCCUUGUGGUGGCCACGGUCGCAUUUUGCGGCGGCAUUGCGCAGGCGCAGCAGCAGCAGGGGGGCGUGGACCCCGCCUACUUGCGGCAGUACUACCAGCAGCUGCAGCAGCAGCAGCAGCAGUCGUCGCAGGGCGCCGAGACGCCCAUCUACGAGCAGAACUCCGAGCAGACGCAGCAGUACGUGAACGCGGGACAGCAGAUCCGCCUCAAGGACACGGUGGCCGAGCAGAUACGCGCCCAGCAGCAGCAGGGCUAUGUGGCCCCGGCCGUCAGGGACUAUCUGCAGCAGCCGCAGCAGCCGCAGUCCGUGUACCGCCAGUCGGUCCAGGCGGCUCCGGCACCGCCGCCACGCCGUGUCCAGCAGCAGCAGCCCGCCUACCAGGCUCCCUCGCUCCUGGGCAAAGGACAGCAAAAGCUCUCGCUCCAGCAGCAGCAGCAGCAGCAGCAGCAGCGGCAGCAGCAGCAGCAGGAGGAGGAGGAGUACGAUGACCAGAACUCCUCGUACCAGUUCGGAUUCGAUGUGAAAGACGACGAAUUCACCAACUACCAGAACCGCAAGGAGGUGCGCGACGGAUCCGUGAUCAAGGGCAGCUAUUCGGUGGUCGACAGCGAUGGCUUCAUUCGCACCGUCAAGUACACGGCCGAUCCCAAGGAGGGCUUCAAGGCCGAGGUGAUACGCGAGCCCACCGACAUUGUGGUGAAGAUCCCCACACCGCCGCCUGCCACACAGCUGCUCCGUGCCGGCGGCCACAAGGGCCAGCAGGAGUACAGUCCCAGCCACAGCCACAGCCACAGCCCCGGCAAGCAGCAGUACCAGCACCAGCAGCAGCAGCAGCCGCAGUAUCAUCAGUACCAGUAACAGGAGAUGGGAGUCCCGUCCGAGGUCUGCCAGGUCUCUCGCUCUCUUCGUCUGAAUGUUGUCUUGAAAGUUCCGCAAGUCCAUGUAGUUUGUAAUUGUGUCGAUAUCGGCAGAGAUCAUAACAUUAUUUUUGUAUCUAUAUCAUACGACUUUUUUU